GCUUAAAGUAUUCCCGCGCGAGUUUAAUUUCCAUCUUCUCCUCAUCUAAGAAUUUCAAAAUUUUCCGAAGAAAAAUCCUAAGGUAAACCAAAUUCGCUUUCGAAAUCUCUACAGAAUUUAUCAACCGAUCAUGGUUUCUUCUCCAGAAUUCCAUGGAACAACAAACCCCACCAGCGGCGGCGCUUCAGUUUCUUACUUCCAGAGAACAGUUCGUUUGCUCGAUUGGUGGUUAAUCACAGCUGGAAAUGACUCCAAUGGGAAAACCCUAGCCGUCGCCGGCUUAACAUCUAAACCGGGACAACCUGUUCGAGUAUUUUCUUCUGCUCCCAUCGUUAAGAGACACGAUGUUUUCACUCUGGAGACUGCUGAUGGAAUCUGUGUUGUUCUCAAGGGUUUCUUAAACAAACUGCGUGCCACUGAUAAUGGGUUCACGCCUCAGGUUUUCAAGCAUUUUGUGUUUGGGUUUCCUCCCAACUGGGAAACUCAUGCAGCUAAUUGCUUUGAGGCAGGAGCUUCUAAUAGUACUGCUGCUGGGGGAAAUGCUUCUGAUACAGAUAAUCUGUCCUGUAGAUCGAGAAGUGUUACUGGUAAUGGAUUGGAUCAUGGAGAUUCUAUGGCCGAAGAAACAAUGCAGACUACAAGUGCAACUGAAACUCCAGCACCAUUCACUGGUGCUGAUGUUCAAGAUGAAGAAGUUGAAAACAAAGGAAAAAAAGAGAGAGAAUCUCGGAAAAAAGUCACGAAGAAAAUUAUUUCCGAUUCACCUGGAAGUGGUGUUAGUAAGAAUACUAGAGGAAGGAAGGAGAAGGAGUGUCUAGUAUCUCCAGAAUGUAGGAGUUAUGGGCGAUCCCGAUCAGGGCGAGUACUUCUGCCAACAAUGGAGUUUUGGCGCAACCAAUUACCUGUUUACGACUCGGAUCGAAAGUUAAGAGGAAUACGUGAAGAGCAGCAAGACAAAAAAACCACACUCACAACCAAGAGGAAGGAAGAGCAUAGGUCGAAGAAAGCGAAAAGAUAGUUAAAGUGAUAAUGGUAUGGGAAUUAGGAUGUUAUUGUAGAUAUGGGUUUCUACUUUUUUUUCCCCUACUGUGAAGUACAAACCAAACGUAUAUCUAUGUUUAUAUAUUUUGCUCGCUAUGUUCUGCCCCCUUCUAGUUUCUUCUGACCCUGAUAUUCUUAGUGAAUCAUGAAUCAAUAUCAUGACCUUUUUAAAUUA